AUGAAAAUUUCAAUAUUUUUUUUUAUUUUUUUAUUUGCCCACUCUCUUUUAUGUCAAGAUAUCCCUUAUUUUACCUCUUUACCCAUUGGACCAAUAUUAAAUUAUACCCAGUCAUCAAUUUUAAUUUUAUUAAGAUGUUCAUCCCCACUAUAUAUAUAUAUUAAUAAUACAUUGGUAUCACUCUCAGAAAUCAAUUCAUUACAAUUUGAUCAAUGGUUUUUGCUCAACACCCCAAUUAGUUUAUCAACUGAUACUAAUGGUGCUAUUUCUCCACAAAUCCUCUCUUUUACAAAUUUUGAUUUGUCACUUUCAAUUUCAACACCAAUAUCAAGCAAAGAGUUUAAAUUAUUUGUUUUUGAAAAUAAAUUUUAUGGAAGCGGCUCUGUAUCAGUUCCAUAUUCCUCACCAUUAAUAAUUACAAGAAAUAAUGUAAACUACCAAAAGUUAAAUAUAAUAAACAAUCCGCUUCAAAUUUAUAAAUAUAAUAAACAGUUAAUUAAAUCUUGGGAAGAAAAAUCUAUAGACAUAAGAUUGAAUGAUAUCACUGUUAGAUAUUCAAAUGAAGAUCCAUUUUUAGAUAUUCUUCUAUCGAUUCCAGAAUCAGGAAAAGGGGUAUUAAAAAUAGAAUCAAAAAUUAAUAUCAAAGGUUAUGAAUAUUACUUUGAUGAAAUAGUUAUUUCUAUCACAAAAAAAGACCAGGUUUUUAGACUUCCAACAGAACUUAUUGAUUCUCUUUCUAUUGUCCAAGAAGAAACAUCGAAAUAUAUUAUGACUAGUGCUCCAUAUGACAAGUCUUCAAGAUUAGAGCUUUAUUUAGAUUCUCUUAAAAUCAAAUCCGGUGAAUUAGUGUGUAUCGAAGAGCCAGUAUUAUUUCAAUCACUUACCAUCAACGAUAUUAUUCAGCUAGAAGAAAUUUAUGAUUAUCGAAAGUAUCAAUUUAGACAAUCAGAUAAUAUUAAUGUGAUAAUAUUAGAAUAUUCUUGGAACAAAAUGGUAGGGUGGGAGAAAUCACAACCUUUAAAUAAGGGUUACUCCUGUAACUUUUUGGAUCAAAGAAAUCAAUAUUGCCCCUAUUGUCCAGAGGUAUACCAUAGAAUGGUCAAAACAAAUAAUAUUUAUAACGUUUAUAAAUCAAAUAGAGUAAUCAACUUACAUGAUUUUGGUUUAGAUGUUUCUUUAAAUCUGUAUGACUCCUCAUUUUAUUUCAAGAAUAAGGAUGAAAACAUUUUACAAAAUAGUCAAGCUUCCAUAAAUUUUAAUUUUACAGAAACUUUUACUACAGAUAACAACUAUAUAUUAAUUCCGGAUAAUAAUAAAGAUUCAUCACUUUACCUCUGGCUACCUAAUAUAACCAAUGGAUGCAGCGGCAUUAAUAUCUCUUAUUCAGAUUUUUUUUCUCAAUCAUCGUGUCAAAUGUCGCAAUACUCAUGUUCUAAUAUUCAUUAUUUUAGAGAACCUCAUGACGAAACUAUUUAUAUGAAUAGUAAAUAUAACUUAAAUUAUGGAAAUAAAAGAUCUGGUAUUAUGUACAGCAUAGAUUCAAUUAUUUUUGAAAUUCCUCAAACUAUUAUGAACCUUAACCUUUCACUUUUUGUCCCAAGUCUACCAUUCAUGCAACCGCUAAUUAAAGAGAAAUCAUUUGAAUCAAAUAGUUCAAUUGCACAAUCCUUAAUUAUAAUAAAAUAUUCAUUUUCUAACUUUGGGAAAAGGGGUGGGGAUUUCUCCAUUUCAAUGAAUUGUAAUGGUACAAGCAAUAACUUGUUGAAUUAUGGAACAAUUAAACCAAAAGAAACUUUGCAGUUUUCUUUAUCAUUCCAAAAAAGUAUAUUCUCCAAAAAUACAAGAGUUUAUGAAUGUAAAGUAAAAGUAACAAUUCAAAGUUUGGAGUAUUGGUCAAAAAGUGAUAAAGAAAUCGAAUCAACAAAAAACUUUAUCUUCAGGGAAAACGAAAAUGGGUGUUAUCAUAACAUUACCAAAGAUUCAAUUACAAUAUCAAAAGAAUUUGUUAGAAACAUUUCCACCCCAAAUGAAGCAACAUUUAUAAUCAAAAUCAAGAAUAAUAUUGAAACGAUUGACUGGUUUUUCUUUAAUAUCAAUUGUUUCAAAGAUUCAAUCAAUAAAACAAUCCAGAUUCCUUCUCAUAGCUCACUAAGUAUCCCAAUCACAAUAAAGCAUUCAUCAAAUACCAAUUGCAAAAUAACCAUUGACUCAUUCCUAACCAAGUGCCAAAAUAACAUUUAUAGUGACAAUUGGAACUACGUUUCUGACAUAACAAAUAUUUCCAAUAAACAAACCAUAUCAAUAUCAAAUAUAAUAUUGUUUGUAUUGAUACUAUCACUCUUUUAA